GGCAACUUUUUGGGGGGGGGGGACAGGAUGCAAUGACUGCAACGUCUUUGAGACUUUCAUCGCUCGAUGGCGGAGGUAUUUGAGGGCUAUCUGAGCUGAUCAUUCUUGACGAGAUUAUGAGCCGUCUCAAAUACGCUCUCAAAUCUCCAGUCGAUUUAUUCCCAGCGGACUAUUCUGAUGUGAUCUGUGGAACAAGUAGUACUGGAGGGGAAGCCUCAUUCUUCUUGAUUUCCCAGCCGGGGAUAGAUUCUUACCAACUCCAGCUUGAACGCAUUGCUACGACUUUGAUUUUCGACGGCAGAAGCAAUUAGAUGUUAUGCUUCAUUAAGGGAAAGAAAUGUUAAACAGCAAAAGAUCGACAGGUUUGCACGGUUAUGGGCUUGAGUCGUCAAAUAUGGAGAGAGCAAUUAAAAAAUUGCUAGAAGUUGAAUGUGGGAAUGCUCAUGGCGACGAUAGGAUGCUUGUAGACGAAGAAAAGAGUCGCCACAAGUGGAAAGUGUAUAUUUCACCCGUGGAGAUAUCCUUCGUAAUGUGAAAUUUCUCACAAUCUAUAGCUUCGUGUGUGCUGUUAGCUCAAACCAUGUGGAAGGAGACCCCCCUAAAUUUCGUGCAUGGUCAGUAGCUAAAGAUCGAAGUCCCAACUGCAAGAUUUGGGAAGCAGCUUGAGCAGCUUGUGCAGCCCCUCGUUUCUUUCAAGGCAUCUUCGUCGAGGAGGAUGGGAUUGAUGAAGAGUUUGUGGACGCUGGUCUUGGCUGCAACAACUCUAUCCAGCAACUGAUAGCAGAAGGCAAGUCCGAGUUUGACCCAACGGGACCUGUUGCCUGCAUUUCAAGCAUUGGUGCUGGCAUUACCAAAGCUCUUGGAUUCACGAGACUAAAGUCUUUAGUGGAGAAAGUUGCUCUCAUGAGCCUUGUGAAUGUAUUAAUGGGUAUGGCAAUAUCAACAGAGAAAGAAGCUGCCGAAAUGGAAAAGAAGUACAAAGACAUUCCUGGAGUUUAUCACAGGUUAAAGAUUGGCAGAGAUGUAGGAGACAUUGGUCUUGAGGAGUGGAAAGAGCUUGGACAAGUCAACAGUCAUACGAAGGCAUACCUUCGGAAGGAUGGCAUCAGUCGUCAAAUCGAUGGCAUGGUGACGGCGUUAGCACAGGAGACUCGACCCAAAAUUCGAGUACAUCAGCUUGACAAUCAUAUAGUAUUACCCUUAGCUACUGCACACAUCUGCUUUCCUCGUUCCCAAGCCGACCGACACGGCUUCGUGCCUAGAUCUUGCAUACAUGCAAUUGGCUGUAUUUUUAAUGAUGUUCUGCUGAAAUGAUCAUCGAAAACUAUAGCACUUCAAGGCAUAGGGGGUUCUGGAACAACACAGCUUGCAUUACACUACUGUCGGAAAGCAGUGUCGCAAGGCGUGGAUUUAUGGCACCGCGAAAACAUCAGUCGAGCAAAGCUUCAGUAGAACCGCAGACUCAAUCAUUGGAAAGUCCUUGAAGAAAGUCAAUAUAGCAUCUUUUCCAACCCUGGCUCGUGAUAGAAUUGAAACGUGGAAAGAGCCGUGGCUUCUCGUCUUUGACAACUUCGAUGACCUCACAGAUUACUACAUCACCAAAUAUCUUCCACAAACCGAUUUUGGUCUCGUCAUCAUCACAGAUCGUCGUUCAGCAGCCAAUGAUCUUGGCUACCCUAUACUCAUCGAUCUACUCGAGGAAGAAGCUAUAAACCUACUCUUCCACCGAACGAACAAGGGGAGAGCGUAUGCCAAUAUAGAAGAUGCUCGCAAGAUAUGUUGCCAUCUUUCAUGCUUGGUACUAGCAGUGAAUCAAGCCGGAGCAUAUAUCAAGUCUACCGGGAUCAAUCUCGGGCUAUUUAUUGAGCAUUUCAAUGAACAACAGGAAAAUGUUAUGGCUUGGUCUCCGCCGCCCCUGAAGCGUUACAAAAGACUGGACCCAGCAUUCCCUGAUCAAGAAAUAGCUCUCACUAUAUCCACUACAUGGGAGCUAUCCUACAAUCGUAUCUCUGGUUCUAAAGAGAUUGUUGAGGCAGAGAGACAUUUUAUUCUCAUCGGCGCUUUUUUCGAUAGCAAUCGCAUAAAAGAGAAUAUCUUCCAGCAGUUUUUUGAGAGGACCUCUUAG